AUGGCGCGCGGUAAGGUGGCCGAGUGGAUACGGAAGCGGGCGAUGCCGAGGAAGCCGGCGGCCGGGCGCCGGAGCAGGGCCAGCGGGGCGUCGGAGCCGAUACUAAGAGACGCGGAGGAGAGCUGGAGCGGCGCCACCGGGGCGCCGGCGCCGAUGCCUGCUAGAAAGAGCCCCGGGAGCGGGAAGGGUGCCAAUGGCGGCGCGGCGGCGCACUCGAGCUCGAAGGUCCGGGCGGUCGGCUUCUUGUCGGCGCUGCGGUGGCGGCCGCGCGUGAACGUGCUGGCGGUGGUGUACGAGAAGGUGGUGUACCACGUGAUGUGGCUGGUGGAGUCCGUGGUGGUGGUGGGGAGGCUCAUCUUCUUCCUCAUGCGCUUCGGCUUCAAGCAGCUCUGA